AGUUGCGAGUGCUGUUUGGUGUGGCAAUCGGUACUUUCUGUGGAGGUUGACAGCGUUUAUCGGUGGCUGUGAGGUGGUUGGCAGCUUCUGUGGGUGGCCAAGUGGUGGUCGGAAGUUUUUGUGGUGGUCAGCAGCUUCAUUUGGUGGUUGCGAGGUUAUUGGCUCUUUCUGUGGUGGUUGCGACGUCUUGGGCUUGCUUCGGGGUAGCUGGGUGCCACUUCUCCAUGCGCCAUUGUCUGAAUAUAGGGACUUAUUUCUUGCGGGCUAGGCAGCUCUUCAAGCAGUUCAUGUUGAGAGUCAACGCGAUCAGUUCUUAAUGAAGCUUUGACCCGAAUUUGAGCCCGUUCGAGCUAGUUUGUUGAACUGUAAUCCGGUUCCUUCUUUGGAUAUUUGUUUGGGAGAUUUGUUGCGUGAAGAACAACGGUUAUCCACUCAGAUGUGUAUGAUUUUUGAGAAUAUCUUUUCUGAGACUGUGAAUGUAGCCUAUGCAGCUCAAGUGAGAAGAAGGAACAAGUUGCAACGUUUCAGUUGCAAGGAAUUUGGUCAUAUUGCUCGCAAUUGUCCUAAGAAAGUUUGUAACUACUGCAAGAAAGAUGACUAUAUCAUCAAAGACUGUCGAGUACGGCCUCAGAAUCGUCAAUCCCAAGCUUUUCAGAUUGUUGUUCAGUCCUCUUCUUCUUCUGUGCCGCCUACUGUAAGCUUUGAUUCAUCUGUUCUCACACUAGCAAUGGUCCAACAAAUGAUUGUCUGCUUUUACGGCCUUAGGCUUGCAAGGAUUAGGUGUCAGAGAUGUUUAUUUCCCUUACAGUUUUCUAUUCCCAAUGUUGUUUCUCUUGCUUGUACGGCUACUGUCAAUACUACUGAAGUCUGGCAUAAGAAAUUAGCCUCAAGUAAAGCAACUUCAAAAGAGUUGGAACGAAUCGAUAACCUAUUUCAUUCAUAUGCAAAUAGGUCUUCUGGUAUGAUUGACCCAGAGGGAAUUGAAACUCUUUGUUCAGAUAUGGAAGUAGAUCAUACUGAUGUGAGGAUCUUGAUGCUUGCCUGGAAAAUGAAAGCGGAAAAACAGGGAUAUUUUAUCCUGGAAGAGUGGCGAAGAGGCCUUAAAGCACUGAGGGCUGACACUAUAAAUAAAUUAAAAAAGGCACUCCCAGAGCUGGAGAAAGAGGUUAAGAGGCCAUCGACCUUUGUGGAUUUCUAUUCCUAUGCAUUUCGAUAUUGUUUAACAGAGGAGAAACAAAAGAGCAUAGAUAUAGAGAGCAUAUGCGAAUUAUUGGAUCUUGUUUUAGGCUCCCAAUUUCACGCACAGGUCAACUUGUUUAUUCAGUAUUUAAAGACUCAGAAUGAUUACAAGGUCAUAAACAUGGACCAAUGGAUGGGCUUCUACCGCUUUUGCAAUGAGAUUAGCUUUCCGGAACUUAGUAAUUAUGAUCCUAACCUUGCUUGGCCCUUGAUUCUGGACAAUUUUGUUGAAUGGUUGAAAGCAAAGCAGAGCUAAUUAAUAUCCCUGCUGUAAACCAAAAUUGUUGUUGAAGUAGGACCCUCGGACUACACACAUCAAAGGCCUGAGGAUUUCCCCUUUCUUCUUUUUUUUUUUUUUUUUUUUUCUCCAUUUACUUUUAAACAUAAAAUUCAUGGCCUAGCUCCUCACCUUUGGAAGCUACUUAUUUGUGUUACAGAUAAAGUCUUGAUAUAUUUUUUGUUCACUGUUGUUGCGGUUCACACCGUCAUUUUAUACAUGGAUGCUCGUACUAUUCUUA